CCCACCUUCUUAUGAGCGUCGACUACCAGGUACUGAUACGGAAUCGCCAGAGAACGGAAUCAGCCCCUCGCAGCUGAAGCUGCCCCCUCUGCCUGAGGAUGAGCUGAGAACUCCUCCCCGCCGCCCCCGGCCCGGGCGGGGUCCUAUGAUAGACAGAGACACCCAGCUGACCAGGGAGGAGGUCAGAGACAAUCUGGGCCAUCCCGAACGGACCCUGGCACCUCUGGUCCCUGCAAACCCCAAACCUCUCCCAACAGCAGACCAACUCUUCACACAGCCAUGUAUAAGGGUGCACAACCCAGCCCUGCUGCGCCCCUGGCAGCGGAAACCUGGCCUCUUACCCCGGGAACAUCCACUGGAAGGAGAGGAUGCUUGGUGGUCUCCUGAGGAAGAAAGAUCUCGAGGAGGUCCAGACGUAUCCAAAGAGCGCCUGAGAGAUCCAACUUUUGAUGAAAGCCUCCCGGGCCCCAAACGGCCCAGGAUGGAUGUGUCGGGAGAGUCUAUAGAUACGAGCAGCGCGUCUGACCAAGUUUCUGACCAUGGCCCAAUGCCAGGAGAGGACAUUCCACCUAGAAGAAGACCCACCGACUUAGGUCCUACUCCAUAUGAUUCUAUACCAGAAGAGCCUGGACCUGAGCCAGACAUGCCUGAGCUGAUACCCCCUGAGGAGUCUGUGGUCUCCCCUCAGCAGACCACCCCCCCACAGGUCACCCCUCCACAGGAGAAGACUCCUUCCAGUGAGUCUCUCAGCAGCAAGGAGUCCCUCUGUGAGGCGCGUCCCAAAGACCAGGUCCGCUUUAGCCCUCUACACCUGGUCCGCUCCAGAGUGUCCAGGGAGGAGUUAAACAGCAAACUUGCAAAAGCCUUAGAGGACCACGAUUCUACAACAUUCGACACCCAGGCUCCUCCUGAACAGGUUGACAGAGCAACAGCUGCCCAUUUCUUCUACAUCUGUCUUGCUUUUAACAAAGAGCAGAAGAUCCAACUGCAUCAGGAGAUGCCAUAUGGAGACAUUGUCAUCGAGAGGGGAACAAGAUUCGCAACAAUGCAAGCAGCAGCUGAGGCUUCAAAAUCAAAGACUUACUGAAACCAUGGUGAUCGUCAGAUCAUCAGAGAUUUCUAUCAACAUUCCUGUUUAGCUUGUUGCUGAUUGUUGACAGGUUUAGGUUCAGAGUUACGUUAGAGCAUCUACCUACCAACCUGCACUACUUUCAGCUGAAACUGUAUUCCAGUGCCAAGAUAUUGAUAUUUAGUCACAAUGAGCAAUAAACAACCAUAGUACAAGUAUGAGUGAGUUCUGUUCUAACAAGUUAAAACAAGCUCAUUUUUCACUGAAUACAUUGUACACAUACACAUUAUGUAUUUUGCUGUGUGCAAAUAUUGUGUGAUAUUGAGCCCUGGCAGUGACAUGAUCCAUGGUUAGUCUGUAACCAUUGUAUCAUUUGCUAUUCUUUUUGUGCUCAGACAAGUUGAACAAUAUUCUUUUAAGUAUCAAGGUUGAAAAUACCAAAAACUGAAAAAAAGGUAACAUAGUCCCAAGCUCUACUUUCAAGUUAAUAUUUUCAAAACUUGACAAGGUUCAAGAACGUUAUAAACUUUUAUUUUGCAUUUGUUGCAAAGAUUUUAUUGAAAAAAUGCAUUUUGUUCAUCUGUAUUCACAGUGUUCUUUGUGACUAUAUAUAUAAAACACUUCAGAGCCCACGUCAGACACAUUUGUCUUUGUUAGGUAUAUGUACACAUGCAUAUUGACAGCAAAAUUAAUUGUAAUGUGAUAUAACCAUUGUUGUUGAAGGAUUGAUUUUUUGCACUUCGUAAGAGCACAAUAACAUUAAUGGUAUAUGAAUUUUUAAUGCUCUGCUUUAGUUGUAGAUCAUUAGGAAGAUUGUAUUAAUUUCAACAUAGUCACCUAGACUCCACAAACUCGUUGUUUGCAAGAGAUAUGUUACGUUGAUGUAAAAGUACAAGUGCCUGAUGUUACUUACUGUUGACAAUGUUUGGAUUGCAAGUAAAAUACCAAAUGAAAUGUGUGAAUGAAGACGAUUAGGUAAAGAUGAGAUGAGAAUAUUUAAAAUCCUCACAAAAAAAAUAUUCCAGUUGCUGGUUACAACACUGUUGCAUUUUUGUCUUGAAGUUUA